AGGGGCUGAGAAAGUGGUGACACCGCCGGGGUGCGGAGGGAGUCCCUGAAACUUCUCCCAACAGCCCCAGGGCCAAUCUCCCCUCAGCCCACUCCCUUCUUCGCCAGCUCCCAGGUCCCCACUCCCUGCACCGGGGGUGGGGUUGGGAGCCAGGCCCGUCUCCCGCUGGGACACACACAGGGGCCGGGAGCGGGGACGGGACCCCCGAGGCGGGGGGGACGGACCGACAGACAGACGGCCGGGCGCCCGCCCCAGCGGGCAGGCAGGAGGAGGCGGAGGCGGGGGUACGACUGGGAGGACUGGGUCUGGGGAGUUUCCUCUCAACUAUCGGGGGAGAAACUCCCCGCAGCCGGAGGAAAGACCCAGACCGUGUUUUCCUCCCGGGGGCCGCGCUUCCCCGCCCCGCGUAGCGGCGGUCGCCGCCGCCGCCACCGGCGCCUCCACCUCUACCAUCUCCUCUUUCUCCACCACCUCGGGCCCCGGUGUCCCCGGCCAGCACUAUGCCCAUCUUACUGUUCCUGAUAGACACGUCUGCCUCUAUGAACCAGCGCAGCCAUCUGGGCACCACCUACCUGGACACGGCCAAAGGCGCGGUAGAGACCUUCAUGAAGCUCCGUGCCCGGGACCCUGCCAGCAGAGGAGACAGGUAUAUGCUGGUCACUUUCGAAGAGCCGCCCUAUGCUAUCAAGGCCGGAUGGAAAGAAAACCAUGCAACGUUUAUGAAUGAACUGAAAAACCUUCAGGCUGAAGGACUUACGACUCUUGGCCAAUCCCUAAGGACAGCUUUUGAUUUAUUAAAUUUAAAUAGAUUAGUAACUGGCAUAGACAACUAUGGGCAGGGAAGAAACCCUUUUUUUUUGGAGCCAGCAAUAAUUAUUACAAUUACUGAUGGGAGCAAGUUGACUACUACCAGUGGAGUCCAGGAUGAGCUCCAUUUACCUCUUAAUUCUCCUUUGCCUGGAAGCGAAUUGACCAAGGAACCUUUUCGUUGGGAUCAGAGACUCUUUGCAUUAGUGUUGCGGUUGCCUGGCACGAUGUCAGUAGAAUCAGAACAGUUGACAGGUGUGCCUUUAGAUGACUCUGCAAUCACACCAAUGUGUGAAGUGACAGGCGGCCGUUCAUACUCUGUAUGUUCUCCAAGAAUGCUUAAUCAGUGUCUGGAGUCCUUGGUGCAGAAAGUACAAAGUGGAGUGGUAAUAAACUUUGAGAAAGCAGGACCAGAUCCUUCCCCUGUAGAAGAUGGGCAGCCAGAUGUAUCAAGGCCUUUGGGAUCUCAGCCUUGGCAUAGCUGUCACAAACUCAUAUAUGUCAGACCAAAUCCUAAAACUGGGGUUCCUAUAGGUCACUGGCCUGUUCCAGAGUCUUUUUGGCCAGAUCAGAAUUCUCCAACACUACCACCUCGUACAUCUCAUCCUGUAGUGAAGUUUUCCUGUACAGACUGUGAACCUAUGGUUAUUGACAAAUUGCCUUUUGACAAAUAUGAGUUGGAACCUUCACCGCUGACUCAAUUUAUCCUGGAAAGAAAAUCUCCUCAAACCUGUUGGCAGGUAUAUGUGAGCAAUAGUGCAAAAUAUAGCGAACUUGGCCAUCCCUUUGGUUACUUGAAAGCUAGUACAGCACUGAACUGUGUCAACUUAUUUGUGAUGCCUUACAAUUACCCAGUCCUCCUUCCCCUUUUAGAUGACUUGUUUAAAGUACAUAAGGCAAAACCAACAUUGAAAUGGAGACAGUCAUUUGAAAGUUAUUUGAAGACAAUGCCUCCCUACUAUCUUGGGCCUUUGAAGAAAGCUGUUAGAAUGAUGGGAGCACCUAACCUAAUAGCAGACAGUAUGGAAUAUGGACUUAGUUACAGUGUCAUUUCAUACCUCAAAAAAUUGAGUCAGCAGGCGAAAAUAGAAUCUGAUCGAGUCAUCGGUUCUGUAGGCAAAAAAGUAGUACAGGAAACUGGGAUUAAAGUCCGAAGCAGAUCACAUGGUUUAUCAAUGGCUUAUAGGAAAGAUUUUCAACAGCUGCUCCAGGGAAUUUCAGAGGAUGUUCCUCACAGACUGCUAGACCUUAAUAUGAAAGAAUACACUGGGUUCCAAGUUGCUUUGCUCAAUAAGGAUUUGAAGCCACAGACAUUUAGAAAUGCCUAUGACAUACCAAGACGGAAUCUUUUGGAUCACUUAACAAGAAUGAGAUCUAAUCUUUUGAAGAGCACCCGCAGAUUUCUUAAAGGACAGGAUGAAGAUCAAGUGCACAGUGUUCCUAUAGCACAAAUGGGGAAUUACCAGGAAUACCUCAAGCAAGUACCUUCUCCACUAAGAGAACUUGAUCCUGAUCAGCCUCGAAGGUUGCAUACAUUUGGCAACCCCUUUAAGCUGGAUAAAAAGGGUAUGAUGAUAGAUGAGGCAGAUGAAUUUGUGGCUGGACCUCAAAAUAAACAUAAACGACCUGGAGAACCAAAUAUGCAAGGCAUCCCUAAAAGACGUCGCUGUAUGUCUCCACUACUAAGAGGCAGACAACAGAAUCCAGUUGUGAACAAUCAUAUUGGAGGAAAAGGACCACCUGUACCUAUGACUCAAGCACAGCCAGAUCUUCUUAAACCCCUUCCUCUUCAUAAAAUUUCAGAAGCCACUAAUGAUUCGACAAUAGAUGAUGUGGUUGAAAAUCACGUUGCAGACCAACUUUCAUCAGAUAUUACACCAAAUGCUAUGGAAAGUGAAUUUUCAGCAUCUUCUUCUCCAGCCAGUUUACUGGAACGACCAACCAAUCAUACAGAGGCUCUCAGCCAUGACCACUUAGGAGCUAAUGACCUCACUGUUGGUGGAUUUUUAGAAAAUCACGAGGAGCCAAGAGAUAAAGAACAAUGUCCUGAAGAGAAUCUACCAGCAUCUUCACUUAACAAAGGAAAGAAAUUGAUGCAUUGCAGAAGCCAUGAAGAGGUCAACACUGAACUAAAAGCACAAAUAAUGAAAGAGAUCCGGAAGCCAGGAAGAAAAUAUGAAAGGAUCUUCACUUUACUGAAGCAUGUGCAAGGCAGUUUACAAACAAGACUAAUAUUUUUACAAAAUGUCAUUAAAGAAGCAUCAAGGUUUAAAAAAAGAAUGCUAAUAGAACAACUGGAGAACUUCUUGGAUGAAAUUCAUCGAAGAGCCAAUCAGAUCAACCAUAUUAAUAGCAAUUAAAAGAAAACAGAAUGUGGCCACUUAUUUCACUACCUUCUCCAAAUACAAAAUGAGAAAACUGAGGCUUAAAGAGUUUAAGAAGCUUGCCCAAGAGCAUGUCCUGAGUACGUGGUGGAGCUCAACUCAGAGGAGGCUGAGCACAAAGCCUGUGCUCUUGGCGUCUACCCUUCACUUCCUCGCAUCCCGGGUGGCUUCUCACACACAGUAGGUGCAGAAAAGAAGUUGUUGACUAACUGCCAAUUGAUAGAGUGUCUCAUUUAAUGCGUUUAUCUUUGAUACAACAUAUUUUCAUGUUUGCUGUGUGCAGCGUGGGUCUUUGGUUUUCCUAGCAAGUCCCGAGAACGGGAAGAAUCAGCAUGCCAACUUCCUCAUGUUUCUUCAAGGGCGAGGCAUUUAAAACUUUAACGCUGAAGGAGCCUUUAAAACUACGGCUGACAUUAUUUUUCUUUGAGAAUAAAAAAGUUCAAAAUGGACUUUAGAUGGUCGUUUCUAUAAACCAUGCGGAACU